AUGGAGAGGGACUUUAGCGGCCAUCAUAUGCUGCAGGUUCCUCAUUCGAUUAGGACUGAAGAUCAAGAAUGGGUUUCUAUUUGCAGACAGUCAGAUGUGUUGGACCGUUGCACUUUUCCAUCAGCAAGUCGCCUCGUUGAAGGUAUUUUGAGCUCCGAUUAGUCUUGACAUGUUUGUGAACAAGAGCAUGCCCUCAUCCGUAUCCUUUGUCCGUUCCAGUGCUGCACACCAAUCUGCCAGCCUGCAUCGAGCUAAAAGACCUUUGGAUGACUAGGAUGUAG